GCAAAAUUCAACUUCCCUAAUGAAGGUAGAGGAAUUAAAAUGAUCAAAGAAAGACUUCACGGUAAGAAAGUUCUUAUUGUUCUUGAUGAUGUAAUAAUCUCAAUUAGAUGCAUUAGUCGGGGAAUGUGAUUGGGUUGGUUUGGGAAGUAGGAUUAUAAUCACAACGAGAGAUGAGAGUAUCUUUGUUCAUCAUGAAGUGGAUGGGAAAUAUGAGCCCCCUGAAAUGGAUCCAAAUCAAUCUCUUCAACUAUUUUCCAGGUGUGCCUUCAAAAAGGACCAACCACCAGAGGAGUAUCUAGAUCUCUCAAAAGACAUAGUUAAGAAAACUGGAGGGCUUCCCUUGGCUCUUAAGGUUAUAGGUUCAUCUUUAUUGGGCAUGGAAAAAUCAGUAUGGCAAGAAACACUGGAGAUGUUGCAUAAUCAUUCCCAUGAUGAUGAAGUUUUGGAAAAGUUGAAAAUAAGUUAUGAUGGGUUAAAGGAUUUUGAGAAAGAAAUAUUUCUUGAUAUCGCAUGCUUUUUCAAUGGAAUGGAUAAAAAUAUUGCAUGUUUGAUAUGGACACAACGUAAGUUUUACCCUAACGAAGGAAUUAAGGUUCUCUGCCAAAGGUUUUUGGUGAAGAUUGGUGAAAAUAAUGAACUAAAGAUGCAUGAUCUACUUAAAGAUCUUGGAAAGGAAAUCAUUCGUUGAGAAAACCUCAAGGUUCC